AUGAGCGACCGAUCCACAUCCACACCGCAGCCCGGUCCAUCCCCGUCGCAGCCACGACCGAAAUGCACGCUGCCCCCCGAGAAAGUCUUCUCAAUUCAAAUAGGAACCGAACUCUUCCGUGUCUCGGGAGCGUCGAUAGCCUCCGAUGCUCCGUCCUAUUUCUCCCAGUUCUUCGAGGAGCAGCUGCGCCAGACGCCCGACGGCUCGAAGAUCCGGACACUGUACAUUGAUCGCGAUCCGAACACAUUUAAAGCGAUCGCAAGGCAUCUACAGGGCUAUCAUAUUCGGCCCAAAGAUGGCACGGAGUUUGUACAAUUCUUCGCUGAUGCGCAGUUCUAUACUUUGCCCCGCCUUAUCUCCCAACUCUUCGAGUCCGAGAUCUUCAUUCAAAUCGGCGACAAGGAUUUCCAAAUCCCGCGCGACAUCUUCUCUAGUCCCGGCGACUCCCCGAACUUCUUCUCCCUAGCUUCGGUGCCUUCUUUGCCUCCCCGACUGAGAUCUUCCCCGGACUCGAUCGUCACGGCCUUUUACCUCCUCCACCUCCUGCGCGGAUACCCAUUGGACAUCAAGAAUGAAACACACCGCGCCGAACUGCUACGCGAUUGUCGCUAUUUUCACCUACGCGGGUUAGAGCAAAAGUUGAUUCCACAUCAUAUCAGUUUCAACCCGAUCCGACAACGAUCGGAAAUCGUCGUCCGCCUGGAGGAUGUGCGCCGCUCAGGAGUUAGCGUUGCCCACCCCGCCUCAACCCCGUCCAGCGGCUGGGCCACGUACUCGCGCCCGUACGUCGAUGAGGAAACAUAUGACCUGAUUCUUGAGAUCGGUGACGAAACCACCAUCGUCGACCUUGAUACCAAGCACGUCGAAUUCCUAAACUCGACUAAGGCGCGCUUCUCCAGCUUGCUGCAGAUCGUAACGGGAAAGGUGAACCUCCCAGGCCUGUCGGAAGGUCAAUCCACCUCGCCUAGUGUUAAGGUGUGUGUCGAACGAGACACGGACUUGACCAUCGACGGACAGGUCCGGUAUCUAGAAGCCUUCGCACAAGGAUCCGAACAGGCAGAUCCGUCGCAACCUGCAGCUAAGCGCAGACGAGUGGAAGAGCCAUCAAAAGAGGGCGGACGGCAUAUCGUCCGGAAUGGUCAUUGGCGUCUAGGUUUCCGCCCGAAUGCCACCGGCGACAGACUCGAGUUCAUCCUGGCAGCGGUGAAACUGGAUGCAUAUACAGAGCAGCGGAGUCGGAAUCAUACACGGGCGUUUCUGGGGUCUUAG